GCCCUAAAGGAUUUUGCUCAAAUUGGGCCAAUGUUAGGCUGAGUUACGAGAGACUCAAGUUCCACUACUCCAUUAUUCAUCGAUAUAAAGGUUGGUUUUACUGUGCCGCCUCCUCUCCUACAUCAUUUUGGCGGGAAAGAGAGAGAUACUGAGAGAGAACCCACAGGGUGACUGCGCGACGGAAAGAGAGAGAUAAAGAUGGGAGGCGAGGAAGAUGAGCAGAUGGUGACCGAAGAAUUUACAGUAUGGAAAAAGAACACACCAUUCUUGUACGAUCUAGUUAUUUCUCAUGCCCUAGAAUGGCCUUCUCUUACUGUUCAAUGGCUCCCUACUCCCCCUUCACCCCCACAACAAGAUGAUAAUAUCUCAUUUGCUGUACACAAGCUCAUCCUCGGUACUCAUACAUCCGAUGGGGUUCCUAACUAUCUCAUGAUCGCAGAAGCUCUUCUUCCCAUCUCCAGCGACUCCUACGACACCAAUACUUCUUCAGAUAACAUCAGUAUUCCUAGGGUUCAGGUAACACAACAGAUUCUUGUUGAUGGAGAAGUCAAUCGAGCUCGUUGUAUGCCACAAAAUGCUGAUUUAAUUGCUUCCAAGACAAGCGGAGCGGAGGUUUAUGUAUUUAAUUCCAGCAAGAAACAAGAUGAGAAGCCCUCCUCCUGUGAACCAGAUUUUCGAUUGAGGGGUCAUGUCAAAGAAGGAUAUGGACUUUCUUGGAGUCCUUUUAAGGAAGGUUACCUUCUUAGUGGGUCUAAUGAUUCAAAAAUAUGUUUAUGGGAUAUAAGUGCGACGGCUUCCGCUGAUAAAGUACUUGAUGCUAUGAAUAUUUACCAGGUUCAUGACGACAUUGUUGAAGAUGUAGCAUGGCAUCUGAAGAAUGAAAAUUUAUUUGGAUCAGUUGGGGAUGACCAUAGAUUGAUGAUUUGGGAUUUGCGGUCCUCAACGUCCGGUAAACCACAAGAGUCUGUUGUAGCACAUGCCAAAGAGGUGAAUUCGUUAUCAUUCAAUCCAUUCAAUGAGUGGAUAUUGGCUACUGCAUCUUCAGAUAUGACUGUUAAUCUAUUCGACUUGCGAAAGCUAACGUCACCAUUGCAUAGUUUCUCCGGCCACACUGAGGAGGUAUUCCAGGUCGAAUGGAGCCCUAAGCAUGAAACAGUCUUGGCGACUUCUGCUGCUGACAGGAGAUUGAUGAUUUGGGACCUUAGCAGGAUCGGUGAUGAGCAAUCAGAGGAAGAUGCAGAGGAUGGGCCACCUGAGCUUCUUUUCUCUCAUGGAGGUCACACGGCCAAGAUCUCAGACUUCUCGUGGAAUCAAAAUGAGCCGUGGGUUAUUUCGAGCGUGGCAGAGGACAACAUACUUCAGGUCUGGCAGAUGGCAGAGAGCAUUUAUCAGUAAUAACGAUCAAUCCUCCUGUCAUAUUGGUGCAUUUAUUAGCGACAGUGAUUGAUCAUCUUCCUCCAGCAUUUCUUAGCGCCUAGCCCCAAAUAGAGUGUUUUUCUUUUUCAUCUGUGCUUUUAUAAUAGAUCACUAGUUGUAGUGGUGGUAGCCGAGAUCUUUCCCAGACCCCAGCUUGGGAUAAUUUACCAUGACCGCUUGGGUAUGUAUCAACGACUGUGUAUGAACUUUAUUAGUAUACUUGUCCUGUCUUCCCCACCACAUUUUACUAUCUGUGCUUACUAGAUUUAUCAUCUAUGGGAUAACGGAGUUUUAUAGCUGAAA